CGUCACGACCCGUCUGCGCAUCCACCCCUGACUGUGUGGAGCCGAUGGCUAUGGCUGCUCGUCGAGCUUUGCACUUCGUAUUCAAAGUGGGAAACCGCUUCCAGACGGCGUGUUUCUUCCGCGAUGUCCUGGGGAUGAAGAUUCUGCGGCAUGAGGAAUUUGAAGAAGGCUGCAAAGCUGCCUGUAAUGGGCUUUGAAUACCCCUGGAGAACAGAAGACAGUUUCUCGAAGCCUUAUGAUGGGAAAUGGAGUAAGACGAUGGUGGGAUUUGGACCUGAGGAUGAUCAUUUCGUCGCAGAACUGACUUACAAUUAUGGCAUUGGACACUACAGGCUUGGCAAUGACUUCAUGGGUAUCACACUCGCUUCUAGCCAGGCUGUCAGCAAUGCCAGGAAGCUGGAGUGGCCACUCAGUGAAGUUACAGAAGGUGUUUUUGAAACCGAGGCCCCAGGAGGAUAUAAGUUCUAUUUGGAGAAUCGCAGUCCACCUCAGUCAGAUCCUGUAUUAAAAGUAACUCUAGCAGUGUCUGAUCUUCAGAAGUCCUUGAACUACUGGUCUAAUCUACUGGGAAUGAAAAUUUAUGAAAAAGAUGAAGAGAAGCAAAGGGCUUUGCUGGGCUAUGCUGAUAACCAGUGUAAGCUGGAGCUACAGGGUAUCAAGGGUACAGUUGAUCAUGCAGCAGCUUUUGGAAGAAUUGCCUUUUCUUGCCCCCAGAAAGAGUUACCGGACUUAGAAGACUUGAUGAAAAGUGAGAACCAGAAGAUUCUGACUCCCCUGGUGAGUCUGGACACCCCAGGGAAAGCAACAGUACAAGUGGUCAUUCUGGCUGACCCUGAUGGACAUGAAAUUUGCUUUGUCGGGGAUGAAGCAUUUCGAGAACUUUCUAAGAUGGAUCCAGAGGGAAACAGAUUGUUGGAUGACGCAAUGAUGGCAGAUAAAAGUGAUGAGUGGUUUGCUAAACAAAAUAAAUCCAAGGCUUCGGGGUAACAGAAGACAUGAUGUGGAACAAGCAUUUGUGAUUCCUGUCUAGCACCUGCAAGGAACUGAUGUGUCCAUGCAUGAUAAAUGCUCUCACAACUUGGUUGUUUCCUGUACAGGCAAGGACGCUGGGGUGCUAAAGAUCUGUGUGUUUUAAUCUUUGAAAGCUCUAAGAUAGAUUUUAGAAAUAAAAUUCUAUUAUUAUCAGUCCAAUUAGAGGAGAACGCUUGCUGUAAUCUGCACUGUCACUGGAAUGGCACAUUCUAUGUGUAACUCUAUUAGAUUAGUCAUAAAUUAGUUUUUAGCUUGGGCAACUAUGUGGGACAUUACCUUUGGUUGAAGAUGCAGGGAAUUUUGAUAAGCUUAUAGCAGGACUACUUCCAGCACCGUGAUAGUAUGCUGUUCUAAUGCCUUCCUCUGGCAGGCCUUGACAUUGAAAAAUGUUAAGGAAAUUUUGUUCCUUGAAUCAAAAGAUUUGACUAACAGCCCACACAUUCCUUGCUUUGAAAUUUUGAGCAGAAUAAACACAUGGAAGGAUCUAAUGUGCUGUGUUCGUACUAUUUUCUUUAUAUUAAAAUCUUCACGAGAA